CACUCUUUAACACACAUGUUGGAUUUAAUGCAUGAUUCAAUAUAUAUUUCGUAAAUAUGGAAUAAUAUUUGUGCUCGGUAGAGACACAGUAACCUUGGACAUGGUAAAGGAGUUAGUUGGCUUCUCUUACAUCUUUUCUUGCCAAGAAAAGUCUGGAAUCAUCAAAGACACCAGUGACCCCUUCAGCUCACCUUAGGCAGAUUCCAGAGACAGGAAUGGAAGCCGUCUGGUGUGGAGAGAUUUCACUGAGGAGAAGCCCUUCUCCGUCCAUGUCCAGACUGCUGAGAUGGGUUUGCAGGAGCCACUGCUUUGAAUUGGGAUCCCUCCUGUCUGCACAACAGGGAACGUAUUCGCUCAGGGAAUCUUCAGAAGGCUGUGCAGUCGCCCAGCAGGAAGGGGUGAAUGCCAGCAGAACUGGAAGGCUGGAGUGCAGUGGCACCAUCUCAGCUCACUGCAACCUCCACCUCCCAGGUUCAAGCAAUCCUCCCGCCUACAGGGACUAUUCACGUGUAGGAGGCAUGAAGGCCAGGGCACGUGAAAACACGCCUGCCACCCUGUACACCGUUCAGCAGGUCCGAGAAGGAGCUUACGUUUCCAGAGUAAGAGGAGAGGUGAACAAGCACACAAAAGGGGCUGCCUCCUCCCCGAGGCACGAGACAGGCAAGGUGAGAGCGUUCUCCACUGUUCCCCCGUUCUGUGUCUGUGUAUCUCACAUCUCUCCAGCUUUUGUUUGCCUUCAGGCCAUCCUCACAGGCAAUGCUGAGUGGAAUCAACUUCUGGAUGUAGAGCACAGAAGCCACACCAUGUGUGGGUCCUUUGCACUGAUUGAACAAUUUCCAGAAAGCCACUGCUCCUCUCUUGUGUUACAAGAAGAAAAAAAACUUCUUCAUCUCACAUAUAAAGUCAAACUGGGAGUAUUAUUAACAUACCUGAAUGCUGACAUACCUGAGGCCAAUUCCUACCCCGAUGCUCUCAUAUUUGCAUCUGUGAUUUAUAACAGCACUAUUCUUUAAUUAAAUUUUAAUUGCACCAGGACUACACACAUAUAUUCUCUUUGAAAUUCAAGGGUAAUGCUGAAGUUCUCAUCAACCAUUCCUUCAAACCCCCCACCCCCUCCUCUCUUUUCCCCGGGCUCAGCUGUUGGUUUGUUUUCUACCUGUCGGACUGCUCUGUAAAAUUGUGUACAUGUAUUGGACCCUACAGCUUGAGAGGUUAGAGUAUGUGGUGUGGCUCUGUGUGUGUCUUCUUUGAAAAGUUAACAAACUCUAUGUACCUUUGCGGAACUU